GCCGAUGAAACUGCCACGUCGACCUCUUGAUCUCAAUCUCUUGCUCUUAUAUCAUUUAGCUCUUUGUCUUUCAUAGAUUUACCCGUACAAAAUAAGGGGGGCAAAAUUUUAAAAAAAAAAAAACCGAGAAAGAUGGAGAAACCGGCUACGGAAGUUAUAAAAGGCGACGGUUGGGGGCGUUUUCCCGAUGAUUUGGAGUAUCAUUCAGGAUUUGGCAAUCAUUUUGAAUCGGAAGCGAUCGCCGGAUCUCUGCCACGUGGCCAAAAUAGUCCUCUUAUUUGCCCAUUUGGACUCUAUGCUGAGCAGAUCUCCGGCACUUCCUUUACUUCUCCUCGGAAGCUUAGUCAACGCAGUUGGUUCUAUAGAAUCAAACCAUCGGUUACUCACGAGCCGUUUUGGCCUCGUGAACCGAGUCAUAAAAAGCUUGUGAGUGAAUUUGAUGGGUCCAACACGGUAGCAAACCCGACUCAGCUCCGGUGGAAGCCUGUGGAUAUUCCUGAUUCGCCGACGGAUUUUAUUGAUGGUUUAUACACUAUAUGUGGAGCUGGCAGCUCAUUCCUUCGCCAUGGAUUUGCUAUUCACAUGUAUACUGCCAACAAAUCAAUGGACAAUUGUGCCUUCUGCAAUGCAGAUGGUGAUUUUUUGGUAGUUCCCCAGCAAGGAAGGCUAUGGAUCACUACCGAAUGCGGAAGAUUGCAGGUGUCUCCUGGUGAAAUUGUUGUCUUACCCCAAGGCUUCCGCUUUGUUGUAGAUUUGCCUGAUGGCCCAUCACGUGGUUAUGUUGCUGAAGUUUUUGGUACCCAUUUUCAACUUCCUGAUCUUGGUCCUAUAGGUGCUAAUGGUCUUGCUGCUUCAAGGGACUUCCUUGCUCCCACAGCCUGGUUUGAGGAUUGCCCCCGACCAGGGUUUACUAUUAUACAAAAGUUUGGAGGAGAACUUUUCAAUGCAAGACAAGAUUUUUCUCCUUUCAAUGUGGUUGCCUGGCAUGGUAAUUAUGUCCCAUAUAAGUAUGAUCUUAGCAAGUUCUGCCCUUACAAUACUGUUUUAAUCGAUCAUGGUGAUCCAUCAAUAAAUACAGUUCUGACGGCACCAACUGAUAAACCGGGUGUGGCAUUGCUUGAUUUUGUCAUUUUCCCUCCCCGAUGGUUGGUUGCUGAACAUACAUUCAGACCUCCAUAUUACCAUCGCAAUUGCAUGAGUGAAUUUAUGGGCCUAAUAUAUGGUGGAUAUGAGGCAAAAGCUGAUGGUUUUCUGCCUGGUGGUGCUAGCCUUCACAGCUGCAUGACUCCUCAUGGUCCUGACACCAAGACAUAUGAGGCCACUGUUGCACGUGGAAAUGAGGCCGGACCUCACAAGAUCACUGAUACAAUGGCCUUUAUGUUUGAAUCAUGUUUAAUGCCUAGAACCUGUCCAUGGGCUCUUGACUCCCACUUCAGGGAUCUCGAUUAUUACCAGUGUUGGAUAGGGCUGAAAUCCCAUUUUUCUCACGACAAAACGGAUGUUAAAAGCAAUGAUUUGCAGAAUGGAAAUAAGAGUGGGUGAGAAAGCCACCAUGGUUGAGUUGAUAUUCAAACAUUAACCUCGGGCCUCAGCUCUGAUAUAGUUAGCAAGUAAGUACGUACAUACACGGAAUACGCAAAAAAAGGUAUGUCAUCUCACAGGGUUAGGAAAAGGUGGGAGGGGCGAUAUCAUUGUUCCUUAGCUCUUAUGAAUGUGCUAUGGACUAUAUACGAAUGUACAAACUGUGAUUGGCAUGAUAUGAAAUAAUAUAUGUAUAUAUUAUGUAA